AUGGAUUUGAACGUGAGUGGUGGCAAGACUUCGGUCUCCAAUGCCCCACCAGGUCGUUCUAUUCGCACAAUGCAACAGGAUGAAAACGCAAGGAACACACGAAGCCAUCUUGAGAAGUUGGUGGAUAAUACUAAUCCCGAGAUUCUCGAACGCGGUGUAAACAUUGGUUACGCCCUUCUAAACCAACUGAAGUCUACGAUGACUGCUACAGAAAUACCCGAAGUCAAGGAUUGGCUCAAGUCAAUUGACGAGUUAACACAACGCAGUAUAGCUGCUCGCGCAACCAUAGGUGUCAUAUCCGGUCCCGGUUCCGGUUCUGGAAAACGUUCUCUAAUUAAUGCUGUUCUCGAUGAAGAAGGAUUAAUCACGGUUAACAAGGAUCCUUCCAUGCCGAUCGAGUUCACCUACAAUGACUCAGCUGACUCUAAGAAGAUGUACCGAGCUGAUGUGGAAUUCCUUAACAGAACAGAGUUGAUUGAUGUGCUGGAGACUUUGCUAACGAACCUACGAUAUGAAGAUGAAGCCGAGUCUGCUGAGGAAAAGCUUAAGGCUUUCUUUCCGAAUGAGACUAAGGAAACGAUGAUUGGACGUAGCCCGAGUAAAGUCGCUGAUUCGUUGCCCAUCAGAGAAAGACUCGGAAAAGUCGUUCAUCUCGGAGCAGAUUCUGUGAAAUCAUUCUCUAAUGAACUACGUCUAUACGUUGAUGCCAAACCGACUUUCCAUUUUGCGGAGCACGGAAAGAUCUCAUAUGCCCCUCUGGUAAAAAGUAUCCGAAUUUAUACCAAGGCAGAUGCGCUCUCGACAGGGGUAAAGCUCAUAGAUAUACCCAACACACAAGAAUCAGAUUCCAAUUCUGCUCAAGUAGCUGCAGCAGAAGAGUAUAUGAAGUCAUGUGCUGGUAUAUGGGUCGUAGUACCGGCAUCACCCGAUCUUGAAACCGGCCGAGAUAAACCUCUGCUCAGCAAAGCUUUCAAGCAGCAGCUAACAUACGAUGGUAUACAAUCCGCCACUACUCUCAUUGUCUCAGAUACAGAUGCCACACGUCUCGAUAAGUUUCCUGGUUUCACCGAAAAAGAAUUUUCUAAGUUAAGGAGCGGAGUACAAGAUCUAGAGAUCUCCGAGAAGAGGGUUGAGUCGCCUCUUGGAAAAUCGAGAACGGAGAGAAGAGCAUCGAGAGAAAAAGCCAACGAAGUUGACUUUAACAAGGGGAUAUGGAACGGUUAUCGCAAUCAACAAUUGAACGGCGAAACAGAAAAUUCGCAGUCGGCUAGGAAUCGCCGAAAACUUGCCCAAGGAGACAUAGAUAAGUUGAAGGGUCUCCUACGAGACACACUCUUGCAAAAGUUCAAAGCCGAAACCGAAGAGUUUAACAAAGAUCACGUUUCCGACUAUACAAAGAUCGACCCUCCCAAGAUUUUUUGCACAAGCAGCAAAGUCUAUGGGAAAUUUAGAAGUGAAUCUGCCAAUAGCCAUAUUGGCAACCGCGGAUUUAUGUCUGCUGAAGACACCGAAAUUCCACAACUCCAACAGUACACCAAGAAGAUAACGGAAGCUGAUCGUGUUAUCAACUGCCAGGAGAUUCUGAACGACUUGGCUCGCCUAAUCAACUCGAUAAGACUAUGGAAGCUUGGCAGCGAGAGUAGGAACGCGCUUACAGAAGAUAAGAUACAGCUCGAUGAAUUGUAUCUCAGAAAGUAUCUGACAGAGCUCGUUGAGGGAUUCAAGGCGUCUACGCGCAAGUUCGGGAACACACUUAAUUUAGAUUUCGAAAUCGACAUUUACCGCGGUGUCGAUGCGGGUGUCAUCAGAGCCAGGAGGGCAGCCCCUGCUGUCGCAACAAGUUGGGGUGUGCCUAAGAGUCAAGGCGGUGUGACCUGGUCGACAUACAGAGCAGUAUGUCGAAGAAAUGGAUAUUUUGAAGGUGCCACCGGAAUCAACAACUUCAACCAAGAUCUCUUCCGGCCGAUGUCUCGGACGAUAAUACAGCGUUGGGACAAUACAUUCCAAAACAGAGUGCCGAAUACUUUUCGAGAAUUUGUGGCCAGGAACAAGAACGAGUUAGACCGAUUUCACGUGGCUCUCAAUGCACAAUUCCAAAAACGUACGGAUAUAGCCAAGUUUACCGCGUUGCUUGGUCAGGUAUCAACCUAUAAGCGUUCGGUGCAUCAGCUGUCCAUACACUGGCGUAAGCAAAUUACUAUGGUUCAAAGAGAUGCCAAUCGACAGUUCAUCCCUGCCAUCCGCACUGCCAUGCUACCUGCUUACCAGAUUUGUGCUGUUGAACAAGGCCCAGGUUGUCUCGAUCGUAUGAAAGUAGUAAUGGAUCGUCACGUUAUGUUUCAUCGUAACAACAUGUUCCAUUACGCUGCCUCGAUAGUGAAGAACACACUGCGAGGUAUAUGCCGUAAAGCCAUAGAUGAUAUAGGCCGUACAACAGAAGACAUGGUCACCAAGAUCUCCAAAGAGUUCCAGGAGGCUCUCCUCGGGAGCAAUGCUCCCAACUACGAGGACCUACCAAUUGACGAGCUUAUCAUGCGAAUAAAUAUUGACGCCGUCGUACAUCAGUGCGACUCGAUGUUCGCACUCGCAUUUGAGGAACCCAUGGAAACGGACGGUUCAGAUCUGAACCCACAAUCGGGAAGAAACGAUUGA